AUGUCUCUAACCUUGCGUUCCCAGCAGGCCCGCGCGGGUCUCACUGCUUUGCUGCAAAACACCUCAACUCUAAGCGGAGUCAAGUCUCUGUUUUUCUAUUAUUUUGUCCUGCGCUACGUCCUUCGUGUCUAUAGGCACGUCAGAGGAAAUGGUGCGAGGCAGUCGGUCAUUGACUUUUGGAGAUAUCUAUCGCUCCAUACGAUGCUGCUCAGCAUCAGAUACAUUCCCGCUAUAAGAAAGAAGGUCGAGUCGGAGAUGGCUGGCGUGCGUGAGGAUAUUCGCAAGAAGCUCAUCCCAGAGGGUCCAAAGGUCAUCAGACAUCUCUCACUCCCGGCCGAGGGAAAGAGCAAGGAUUGGAUUGUUGCAGAGAUGCAGCGAAUGGACGACGAGUCGUCAGCAAGCGGUGCCUGGAAGGAUGGAAAGAUCUCCGGAGCCAUUUACCAUGGCGGCGAGGACGUGGAAAAAGUCAUAAUGGCCGCGUUGGAACGUUACUGCGUCUCAAAUCCGCUCCACCCGGACGUAUUCCCUGCCAUUCGCAAAAUGGAGGCCGAGGUUGUCGCCAUGUGCCUCAGGAUGUACAAUCAUCCUAAUGGCUGCGGUGUGACGACAAGCGGCGGAACCGAGUCGAUCAUCAUGUCUUGCAAGGCUCAUCGCGACUGGGCUCGUGCAAUGAAGGGUAUUACUGAACCGGAGAUCGUAAUGGCGGCCUCUGCUCACGCCGCAUUCAACAAGGCUGGCCACUAUUUCAAUAUCAAGAUUGUGACUAUCCCAGUCGAUCCUCGAACGCGACAGAUCAAUAUCAACAAAGUCAAGAGAGCCAUAAAUGCCAAUACGAUCAUGUUGGUUGGAUCUGCUGUCAACUUCCCAGAUGGAGCGAUGGAUGAUAUUCCAGCUUUGAGCCAGCUUGCGCAGAAGCAUAAGAUUGGCUUGCAUGUCGACUGCUGUUUGGGAUCGUUCAUUGUCCCCUUCCUCGAGAAAGCUGGAUACCCAACCAAGCGAUUCGACUUCCGCCUGCCUGGUGUAACUGCGAUCUCUUGUGACACCCACAAGUAUGGUUUUGCCCCCAAGGGAUCUUCGGUCAUUAUGUACAGGGACAACGAACUUCGAUCUUAUCAAUACUUUGUCCUGCCAGACUGGGCUGGAGGUGUUUAUGCAAGCCCUGCUAUUGCAGGUUCACGACCAGGUGCUCUGAUUGCAGGAACCUGGGCCGUUAUGCACUACAUGGGUGAAGAUGGCUAUCUCGCAUCAUGCAAGGCAAUCAUGGGAGCAGCCAAGCGCAUCGAACGUGCUGUUCGCACGGAGAUUCCAGAGCUCUACGUCUUGGGCACGCCCCCCGCAUCCGUCGUCGCUUUUGGAUCCGCGACAGCAGACGUCAACAUCCACGCAGUCGGAGAUGCCAUGAGCGCACGCGGAUGGCAUCUCAACGCGCUCGUGAACCCGCCAGGCUUGCACAUUGCUGUCACGCGGUUGACGGUCAACGUCACUGAGCAGCUGAUCGCGGACCUCAAGGACGCGGUUGCACAAGUCAAAGGAAAGCCCACUGGAAAGGGGAACAUGGUCACGCUGUACGGUCUCGGCAGCUCAUCCCCUGUGGGCCACACCAUGGUCAGUCGCGUCGCGUCCAUCUUCCUGGAUACGAUGUAUGUCGCCUAA